UUGAACUUGUGCGCGGAGCAGUGUCUCCUUCGCUGCUCUUGUGCAGGAGACUCUUUCUUUGAAUGGAAACGGAGGUCACACAAUCGCAGAAUCGUCGUGAGAAGCUCCCCGGGCUGCAGCAAGAAGAUCAGAGAAUUCCUCUCUAUUCUCUGCCUGAGAACGCUGUGUAGCUUGUAAUUGUAAUCUGAAGGUUCUUCAGAUUCCUGCUGGCGACAGGAGGAAUUGUCUAUGUACUGAUGCAGACAUGCACGUAAUUUUACGAGGAGUGAUCGGGAAUAAAGUUACAAUCUACAAAACUCACGUUUCACCAUGAAACCAUCUGGAGCUCGUCGAUUUGACAACAAUGAAGUUCGGCGCGGACGCCCUCUGGUCGUGUGGAGUCAGGAGGAGGACGAGCUGCUGAGAGAGCAAGUGAGAGUAUAUGGCAUUGAAAGGUGGGCGAGAGUCGCGGAAGGUUUACCUGGCAAAACAAGCAGACAAUGCAGGCGCAGAUGGAAUAUGUUUCUCAACGUCGUGAGCAAACGUGGAGGAUGGACAGAUGAGGAAGACAACCUUUUGCUGGAGAACCAUGAUAGGUUUGGCAACCGGUGGACAGAAAUUGCCAAGAAUCUGCCCGGCAGAACGGAUAACGCCGUGAAGAAUCGUUACAGCGUCCUUUGCAAAAAGCAAACUCGAGAUACCGAGCGGCCUCUUGUUGGAAGAUACGGAGAUCAUGGAACAGAUGUACAUUCCGGUUCAAUUGGUGGGGCAAGGACCUCGGAGCCAAGUGAGGAGACGUUGAAGUUAUGGAGAAAUCUGGAACGUCGCGUAUGGCUGUUAAACCUGAAUCAACAGGAACCUACAUCUUCCUUAUCAGACAUGAAUGAAAGACUCAGGGAUUCAUUCGAAUCCGAUCUGCAAACUUGUAAAGACUCUCUGCAGUGUGCUCAAGAAGCUCACAACACCUGUAUGACAGUUGAAGGUAGUCAAGUUGGCCCAUUAUAUUACUACCCGGAACCACUAAUUGAGGGAGGCACGCAGCCCUCUGAAGGAUAUUUAUCUGCAGUAUAUGAUGUUAACAGCCAUUCGGAGUUGCUUGAAGGGAGUCUGUCUGGUCACCCUAGAGCAGCUGCAGAGAACAGUUUUCUGGAACAAAGAAUUGCAACAGAUUUUUCAUCGAUCCAUCAAGAUAGACCUUCAGCUGAGAAUCUUGAGCAAGUUCUUGCGAUGUAUGAAGAACCAUCGGCAUGCGAUGAUUCGUCGAGCCAUAAUCGAAGACCUUUGGUAGAGAGUCUUCAGCAAUCCAAAAGACUGAAGGUAGUUGACGCAAGUAAUGAACUAAUGGGCUGCCAGAAACCAUCGACCGUGAGUAACGUACCGUGGAAUUUACCGAACGAAGAGGAAUUACCACGUUCUUACUUUUCUCAAGAAAGAGCAAUGUCUGAUUUGCUUACGUGGUGGGAAGAAAGAGAUAUCACGGCAAUGAUGUCCAGAGCUGCAUAUCAAGGGAGAGACAUCUUGCGAGAUUUUGAAGAAUUCAAACAAACUCUUGUCGCAGAGAAUAAAGAAAAUUCAGAAGGUAGCGGGAUCCCUCCGAAGGUUCACUACAUCAUCUCUGAUGAGCAGUGGCAGCUAGUAGGACAUACAAUGAGGGAUCAGAGGCGGAAGAUCAUUUGGAGUUGUAUUUCAGGCUCAGAAUCAGAAGCAAAACCUCAGCACAUAAUGGAAAAUCUUGAGAAGAUCGGAAGCAAUAUACGACUCCUGAGAUUGGAUAUUGAUUCUUUGGCAUCUCAAGCGUUGAAAGUUUAUCCCAAACUUCAGCCCUUUGCGAAGAAACCUACAUUCAAAUCAACCGAGCAAUUCGGAUACGGUGAGAAUGAAGAUUAUCAAGCUGGACACAAAGGCGGAGGUUUACUUCUCUUACAGAUCAUGCCAAUUUCACAAGUCGGGCAAGAUUUCAAUCGUAGGGUGAGAAUUCCAAGCAGAUCAAUGUCUGAGCUGAACGCCGAAAGAGAACACAAGGGAGGUCAGACUGGUCAUGAUUGGUCGUCAGCAAUCUGCGUUUAUCCCGAUAUCUGCGAGAGUGAACUCGUGGACCAAGUUUUGGAACAUGAACUGGAAGACGCAAAGGCUUUGAAUCCGUCAUCCCAAACUGCUGACAUCAGUGCCGACUAUUCUGAGAUUGAGGUGAGAGACUUUAUCUACGCACUGGAUAUAUCCUUCAUGGACCAAGACAGCAGCUCUCACUUUGGAAGUGAAAUCGCGAUGGGAAAUGAGGUUGAUACAGCGACACGAUCUCCUCUGUCAGACACCUUGCCUGCGGAAGAAAGCUCUGAAGCCGAAUCAUUUGAAGAAGACUUACUACACCUGUAGGCUCCAUGCGACGAAGGUAGAGAAUCCUUCCGGCGCAUUGAAUUACAGAAUCAUUUGUUACGUACAAGUGUGUAAGGAGUGAGGUAGAGUACUCAAAUUAGCUAAGGGCGUCGGAGAAGAGACAUUGAGUCGGAGCGCACAUGUUAGACAUACCCACCUGACGUGACUGAUGGUUUUGUUUAAUUUCUUUAUCUUAAUCGUUUUUCUUCUAGAUUGUAAAUAAGCCCAUAUCCUCAGAUCAUGGAAUUCGCAAAGUCGAUCCCUUAGGGACUUCAGAGUGUACUCGUACAUUGGAUCCAGUAAUCGUGUCUUUGUAUUGUUGGAUUGGUGAAGGCUACGUGAUAACGUGAACACAAGUUCACAGACAAAGGCACAGAUAUAUGAAUGAAGACUUUCGUACCUUACUUUCAUUUCUCAAGUUUUCAAUCAUGAUAUGAAAGAAAUAUGCAACAAUAUAUCAACUUCACAUCUGUGUGGAUCUAGUUAAGCAUAAUCAAGCAGCUAAGUACUAACCUCGAGAAUUUCAAUUUUAGCCUCAGCUUAGUUGCGAAACAUGUCGAUCUACAGCUUCGACGUCAACCUCUAAUACGCUUUAAAAAAUGAGAUCGCUAGUGAAUCCCCAAGAUCCAUAUGCUAGUUUUCUGGGUCAAGAUUCUUCCGUAGCAUUGUGUCCAUCAAGUCAUCGCAUCACUGUUAUGCAUCAUCAUGUUAUAGAGAAACAGAGCUUUAAAACCUUCAGAGGAGAAAUAAGCUCUUAAACUAGAAUGCCGUGCAUUCUAUUCAGUUAAAGGACAACUCCACGCAACCACGGACAACAAACUUGCACAAAAGAGCGAAGAGUUGAAUCAAACCUCCUCAGGUCGCUAAACUAAUACAGGACGCCACUGCCUACUCAACUCACCGCCUGUCAGCUCAACCGAGGAAUAGAGAUUUCCGAUCAUUUACGCAGAAGAGCAACACUCAUCCUCGAGGUCCAAU